CUCCCAUAAAUGUGGCCGUGCGAGGCCCUCUGAGGUUUAGUCCAUCAUGCCUCUGCCGCGACGCCGCUCCUCUUUUUUGGGCCAGUCGGCGUCCCCGACCUCGUCCGAGCGGCCGAGCUCCACGUGCGUCCGGGCGGCCCCGGGCGGCGCCUCGUCCCGGGGCGUCUUCGUGGGCACGGCCCCCCCGAUGGGCGGCGCGUCCAGCCUGGGGACGCGCGUGUCCCGCAGAGCGCUGGGCAUCAGCAGCAUCUUCCUGCAGGGCACCAGGAGCAGCGCUGCGCCCCUAAUGCCCCGGGCGGGCCAGGGCGCGGCGGGGGCCGGGUCGAGCGGCGGCCUCAACAGCUGCUUGAUGGAGUACCGAGACAAAGUCCAAGCGCUGGAACAACUGAACCAGCAACUGGAGGAGCAAAUCCGCAUGAGUCUGGACCGCAAGGCAUCCUGCGCCGGUGCCUGGGGGCCGCUCAGGGGCCAGUGGGAGGACGUGUACAGACAGGUCAGCGAGGCCAUCCUGGCCAACGCUCGUCUGACGCUGCAGACGGAAAAUGUGCAGGCCAACGCCGAGGACUUCAAGGAAAGGUUCGAGAGCGAACGACCGUUCCGGAAGGCGGCGGAGGACGAGAUCGCGUCGCUCUACAAAGUCUUGGAGGACGCCGGCCUGACCAGGGCGGAGCUGGAGGACCAGAUGGACGCCAUGAGAGCCGAACUUCAGCAACUGGAGCGGCAGCACGAGCAGGACGUGCGCCUCCUCUACAGUCAAAUGUCUGGACGGGAACUGGAUCAGCCGGACGCUCCCAUUGAAACCAGUCUAGACCAGAUCCUGGCUUACAUCCGCAACCACUGGGAAAAGGUGACGGAGAGGAACCGAGCAGAGACGGACAGCUACCAGGAAUGCAAGGACGCCAAGUGCGUGAGCCGGCUGAGUCCUGAAGAGGAACAGCUGGAGGCGCUGAAGGUCCAAUGCUCCGACGCCGGCUGCAAGAUCCAAAGUCUGCAAGCGGAGACCGAAUCCAUCCGAGCUCUGAAACGCGGCCUGGAGAACUCUCUGGGCGACGCCCGUCACUGGCACGACAUGGAGCUCCAGAACCUCGGCUCGGUGGUGUCCAAGCUGGAGGCGGAACUGGCGGACGUGCGCGGCGAGAUGGAACAACAGCGCAGAGAUUACGACGGUCUGCUCAGCAACAAGCAGCGCCUGGAGCAGGAGAUCCGACUCUAUCACGGAAUCCUGGAUGGAGAGGAGCGACGCUUCCAGCCUGCAGAGUGUUCCAGUUCACAGAGAGACCUCGAGGGACUUUCCAGAACUCCGGCAGAUCAAGGAGCCCCGAUGCAGUGUGGACCGAAGGACCCCGUGGACUCCUGUAAUCCUUGAAGCACUGAAGAGCAUUGACGAGAAAGCUGAGGAAUCAUGUGAUAUUCCGAUUUGUACUUCCUGCUGGUGAAUAAGACAAUAAAAAGUCUUUUGAUUUUGUGUUGCCAA